AUGGAUCGAGAACCACGUUUUCUUCGUUCUGCACGUCCAUUUGUGCCUAUGGCCGUUCAUCCUACUAGUAGUGAAGAUGAUAAUGCAAUGCUUCAAAUGAUGUGUGAUUUAAUGUUAGAUGAAAUACAAACUCAAAUAGAUCGAGUACAGAAGGAAGCGGAACAACGUCGCCAGGAAGAGCUUCGUUUGACCAAAAUGCCUGACUAUACUUGGCUAAUUGACUGGCGAUUACGUGCAAAACGCCCACUUGGAUAUAGAGAGAGCACAGAAGUUGAACAUUUGGCUGCUAAAAUUCGCCCAGGAGAAUGGCGACGUUUAUUAGAGGCAAAUUAA